AUGUGGUUUGCAAUUGCCAAUGGAGUUCAAGUAGGCAAGAACCAGCCAGCCAGAUCCUAUCACUCUCGUCCUUUGAUUGGCGGGCACCGAGUCCUUAAGAAUCAAAAUCCUCAACACCUGGGCAGGCUGCUUUCUACUAGCCUCCUCAACUUCUACUGCCAGGCACACGAGUACGACGAACAACAGCUCAGAAAGCUUCCGAAAUCUAACUCAAGUAAGCAGUCAUUCAAGGGAAAGAUGUCUCCAGUUGAUAUCAUCACAUCUCUGCGGGACUUGGGCCUGUCCUCAGUCGCUGUGUGGCCAGUCCUGAUGAACUGGCGCUCUGUGAUCUCUUACGUACCCUCUCUUGAGCGAUUCAUUUCCCAGCACGAACAUUGGGUCGAUGAUGCCAUUCAAAACUUUUUCGCCUCAUGGUAUGGAUUUCUGUUUGGUGCUACCGUUUGCUCCGCAGUGCUAUUUUACUUGUUGAACUCGGUCUGGAAGUCUCUGCGAGCCAUUGUUCUUGCAAAUUGGCACACCAAGUGUUCCAUUCCAACUUACUGUGACUCCUACGAUCGAGUCUGUGACUGGGUGAAUGGAAGCCCAGAGUUUCGCGAUGGCAGACUCUUUCUAGCAUCUGAGAAAACCCGUCGUCAGAGCUUGAAUGACACGGGCAUUGACUUCCCUGAUGGAGCAAAUUCUACCGACGAUAUCCAGAAGAUCAGAAAACGGAAUUCCGUCUCACUCGAGCCAACACUUGAUACGAUCAGCUUCUGGCACAACGGAGCAUACUUCUGGCUGAAGAUCCGAAACGAUCAAAGACUUUCUUCCAAUGGCAACGUUGUUCCUGACAUUUACUUGGACAUCUACUGUUUUACUUGGAAUCUGAGCAUCAAGCCUAUGACAGAUUUCUUAAAGAUGAUCGACGAGAAGAACAAUGACGAAUUCUCAGAGCAUACGAGAAUUCUCAGCCCAAGAAAGUCCCCAUUUCGAGGAAGGACCUGGGACUGGACCUUCAACCGGUUUCGUCCUAAGCGGCCUCUUCACACGGUGCUUAUAAACCGGCGUGAGAUGGACACUAUGGUCGCUGAUAUUCGAGCAUUUCUGUCUUCUGCUGGAGUACGUUGGUACCGCCGCAAGGGACUUCCAGUUCGCCUAGGAUAUCUUUUCAGUGGUCCACCCGGCACGGGAAAAUCAUCCCUCGCAUUUGCGCUUGCUGGACACUUUGGCCUCCCUGUCUUGGUCCUCAAUCUAUCCCUGCCCAAAUUGACUGACAAAGGUGUUGCGGACCUGUUCUCAGAACUACCUUUCCACUGUGUUGUACUGCUGGAAGAUAUCGACGCUACCAGGCCUCUCACGAGGGCCAACUCAAUGGAAAAGCCUGCGGCGGAUGACGACGAGGAUGACGACGACAAGAAUAAGAACACCGUGACACUUUCUGGACUGUUGAAUGCAAUAGAUGGUGUUGGAGCUGCGGAAGGACGAAUCCUCAUCAUGACUACAAACCAUAUCGAGGUUCUCGACGAGGCCUUGAUCCGAACCGGCCGUGCCGACAUUGUUGUCACCUUCACCAACGUGACCAAACAACAAGCUGUGGACAUGUUCAUCCACGCUUACUCAGGAGAGCGCUGGGCCCCAUAUCAGCCCGGCAACCCCCAGGUCGAGGACUGGACCGAGGAAGACAUAAAGCGCCUGGCGGAGGAGUUCGCAGCGAGGAUCCGGGAAAAAGAAUUCAGCCCUGCCCUCCUUCAGCAAUAUUUCAAAGAAUUCCGAGUGGAGCCUCGACGAGCCGUGCAGGAGGUGGAGAAGUGGAUGGACGACCCCCGUGGUUAUCGAAAGCGUGGCCUCCCAGAACUUGGCCCCGCUGUAGGACCUGCUGUUGGAACUGAUACCAAGGUGGAAACCAAGAACAGUGACGGAAACAUGAGUCUUUGGGACUACAUCGACUGCUCCACCUGA